AAUUUUUGUGUUUUUAGUAGAGACUGUUUCACCAUGUUGCCCAGGCUGGUCUCGAAUUCCUGACCUCAGGUGAUUCGCCCACCUCGACCUCCCAAAGUGCUGGGAUUACAAGCGUGAGCACCGCGCCCGGUCCUUAGAUCGUGACAAACGCGGGUGGCCUGUCCCAGAACUGUCAGAACCACUGUCCCUAAGGAGGCCUCAGGCGGGCAGUGAGGGCCGCGUCCCUCAGUGGUGCUCGAGGGGCGGCGGCUCCAGGCCAGGGCAGAGGCGGGCAUCGACGGCUAGAUCACUCGAAUGACACCGUGACACGAAAAGGACCAACUAGCAACGUCCGAGACGCAGCUGAAAUGCUCCAGGCACGGUGCGGGGACAGGCCCUGGCGGGCCGAACGUGGCUGAGGGUUCCAGGCUACACGGAUGGGCAAGGCCGGGCAGGGCCGACUGUCGCCGGCUGCGCGCCCCCUACCCCGAAUCAAAGCCCGUCAUCCCCACGGGGCACCUCUACAUGCCCGGUGCCCAUGGCGCGCAGGCACCCAGCUCUCCCGAGACCUGGCCCGGACCCACCGGAGCCGGCCCAGACGCCGCCACUGAAGCGCGGAAGUUCCGGAGAGUCGCGACGCGCAGGCGCCACACGCCAGGCCCCGCCCCCACCCCUCGCGCCAAGAGUGCGCAGGCGCCGCAGCCAGCUCCCCCGCCCCGCCACCCCCGCGCCAGGAGUGCGCAGGCGCCGCAGCCAGCUCCCCCGCCCCCCACCCCGCGCCAGGAGUGCGCAGGCGCGCCGACCGCCGAGUUUUCUGCGCUUCCUUCUCCCUCUCUCCAGCCGUCGUGGUCGUUCGGUCCUAUGUCGCGCCGGGCCCUCCGGAGGCUGAGGGGGGAACAGCGUGGCCAGGAGCCCCUCGGGCCCGGCGCCCUGCAGUUCGAUCUCCGUGAUGACGAUGACGCGGAAGAAGAAGAGCCCAAGCGGGAGCUUGGUGUCUGGCGCCCCGGGGGUGCACGGAAGGAGGGCGUCCGAGUCAACAACCGCUUCGAGUUGAUAAACAUUGACGAUCUUGAGGAUGACCCUGUGGUGAAUGGGGAGAGGUCUGGCUGUGCGCUCACAGAUGCUGCGGCACCAGGGAACAAAGGAAGGGCUCAGCGUGGAAACACAGAGAGCAAGACGGAUGGAGAUGUCGCCGAGACAGCACCCCCAGAGCAGUCUAAUGCAAGUGGCAAACUCCGGAAGAAGAAAAAGAAACAGAAAAACAAGAAAAGCAGCACGGGAGAAGCAUCGGAAAACGGACUAGAAGAUAUCGAUCGCAUCCUAGAGAGGAUUGAGGACAGCACUGGGUUGAACCGUCCCGGCCCAGCUCCCCUGAGCUCCAGGAAGCACGUUCUCUACGUGGAGCACAGACACUUGAAUCCAGACACAGAACUGAAAAGGUAUUUUGGUGCCCGGGCAGUCCUGGGGGAGCAAAGGCCACGGCAGAGACAACGCGUGUACCCCAAGUGCACAUGGCUGACCACCCCUAAAAGCACCUGGCCCCGGUACAGCAAACCAGGUCUGUCCAUGCGGCUGCUGGAAUCAAAAAAAGGCCUCUCCUUCUUUGCGUUUGAGCACAGUGAGGAGUACCAGCAGGCUCAGCACAAGUUCCUGGUGGCCGUGGAGUCUAUGGAGCCGAACAACAUCGUGGUUCUGCUCCAGACGAGCCCUUACCACGUUGACUCGCUCCUGCAGCUCAGCGAUGCCUGCCGCUUUCAAGAGGAUCAGGAGAUGGCUCGAGACCUCGUAGAGAGAGCACUGUACAGCAUGGAAUGUGCGUUCCACCCCCUGUUCAGUCUCACCAGCGGGGCCUGCCGGCUGGAUUACCGCAGACCCGAGAACAGGAGCUUCUACCUGGCCCUCUACAAGCAGAUGAGCUUCCUGGAGAAGCGAGGCUGCCCGCGCACGGCGCUGGAGUACUGCAAGCUCAUCCUGAGUCUCGAGCCGGAUGAGGACCCCCUCUGCAUGCUGCUGCUCAUCGACCACCUGGCCUUGCGGGCCCGGAACUACGAGUACCUGAUCCGCCUCUUCCAGGAGUGGGAGGCUCAUCGGAACCUGUCCCAGCUCCCGAAUUUUGCCUUCUCCGUUCCACUGGCGUAUUUCCUGCUGAGCCAGCAGACAGACCUCCCUGAGCAUGAGCGGAGCUCAGCCAGGGAGAAGGCCUCUCUCCUGAUACAGCAGGCGCUCACCAUGUUCCCUGGAGUCCUCCUGCCCCUGCUCGAGUCCUGCAGUGUGCGGCCCGACGCCACCGUUUCCAGUCACCGCUUCUUUGGACCCAACGCUGAAAUAAGCCAGCCCCCUGCCCUGAGCCAGCUGGUGAACCUGUACCUCGGGAGGUCACACUUUCUCUGGAAAGAGCCCGCCACCAUGAGCUGGCUGGAGGAGAACGUCCACGAGGUUCUGCAGGCAGUGGACGCUGGGGACCCAGCCGUGGAAGCCUGUGAGAACCGGCGGAAGGUACUCUACCAGCGUGCACCCAGGAAUAUCCACCGCCAUGUGAUCCUCUCUGAGAUCAAGGAAGCCGUUGCUGCCCUGCCCCCGGACGUGACCACGCAGUCUGUGAUGGGGUUUGACCCUCUGCCUCCUUCGGACACAAUCUACUCCUACGUCAGGCCAGAGAGGCUAAGUCCCAUCAGCCAUGGAAACACAAUUGCGCUCUUCUUCCGGUCACUGUUGCCAAACUAUACCAUGGAGGGGGAGAGGCCCGAGGAAGGAGUGGCUGGGGGUCUGAACCGCAACCAGGGCCUGAACAGGCUGAUGCUGGCUGUGCGCGACAUGAUGGCCAACUUCCACCUCAACGAUCUGGAGGCGCCGCACGAGGACGACGCUGAGGGGGAGGGGGAGUGGGACUGAGCGUCCGCAGAGGUGACUGAAAAGCCGUACGAUGAUGUUUCUGAUUUCUGUGCUGGUCGAAAUCGGCCAGUUCCCUGAAGUAGGGAAGCUGACUGUGUCACUCCCUGGUCCACUGUUUCUCCUAUAAACGUAAAUGGGUCACGC